AGGGGUCAAUUCAUACAUGCUCAGAUGAUUCUGUUUGGAGAACCUAGUGUAAACACAACAGAAAAGGAAACCUGAGUCCAGUUCCAGCCUCCCCUACAUAAACGCUGUAAGACUCUCUGGAGAGUUUGGUGCAGAGCUACUUCUAGCUACUGCUCUAACCAAGGGGCACAGUCAUCUCCCAUUGCUUGUCUCCAGGAAGUGAUUUUGAUAAGUUAUGAAGCUGUCGGUUCUUGGUGCAACAGGUCAGUCCGGUCAGUUUCUGGUCUCACAAGCGUUACAGCAAGGCCAUGAAGUGACAGCACUUGUGCGGAAUGUCACCAAAUUGACUGUUCAACAUAAAAAUUUGAAGGUGGUGGAAGCAAACGUCUUUUCAGCAGAACAGUUGUCGGGACAUUUUCAAGGUCAAGAUGCUGUCAUUUCCUGCUUGGGCUUCCCCUACAAGAUCUUUUCAGCAAUUUCAGGAUACACAGAUUCAAUGGAAGCAAUAGUGGCUGCCAUGCGGCUAGCUAAAGUGAACCGUGUAAUAACCAUGACAUCAUGGUACACUUCCCCUGAGUCUGGACAGAGCGCUCCACUGAUGGUGCGUUUUCUCCUCCUGCCACUCAUCAGAAGUGUGCUUACCAACAUGAAUCAGAUGGAGAACUACUUAGAGAAGGAGUGCAGUGACCUCAGCUGGACGGUAGUGAGGCCACCAGGACUUCAAAAUGUUCCAGCCACAGACAAAGAAAUCCUGACUCAUGAAGGCUAUUUCGUUCCUGAUCCAAAUGGUUACCCAGUAACCAACUCAGUGGCAAGAGGGGAUGUAGCUCGCUUCAUGCUGUCUCUCCUCAACAGUAACGAAUGGCUAAAAAAAGGAGUGGCAAUGUGUACAAACUAGAGGUUGUAUUUUUCUUUGGCAGGAUAACGUAAGUAUCAACCCCAAAGCAGCGGCAAAGAACUUUCAAGCACUUAUGACACAAGUUAGACUUUUUCAAAAGAAAAUUCUAUUAUGGCAAAAUUACAAUAAAAUAGUAACAUACUAUAUCAUACAUUACAUAUUCAGGAUCAAGUUAAUAUUCAAAGAACCUGGCUAAAGAAGUUGCAGUUUGUUUGAAUCUUCAUUUGUCUUUUCACAAAAGAAUAAUUUUCACUCAUGAUCCUCAGAGGUGAUAAGCACCAGUAAUUCCCUCUGAAGUCAAUGAGAGCUUUGGGUCUUCCACAUCUCCAUUAAAUUCGGCCGUAAAUGUUUUCUAUAGUUAUCAAAUGCCUCAGCUUUGCUCUACCAUAUAACCACUCACAAAAGACAUUUACUGCUUCAGGUACUCCAUCACCGCAAAUGUUAGGACUGAUUCUCUUCUCACAGUGGCUUGACAGCAGUGUAGCUGCAUUGGAGUUGCUCUUGAUUUACACUAGUGUAAGUGAGAGGAGAAUCCAGCCCAUAAUCGCUUUUUGUACCUAGAAUGUUAGCCUCCUAACUAUGUUGUUUAUUCUACUCUUCAGCUAAAAGACAGUAUCCUAGGAAAUCUAAAUAUAUGAACAGUGAGCUACAAACUUCUUGUAGAUUUAGGAGUUGAAGGUCAUGUCAUUAAUUCACAUCAGCACACAAUCAUUUGUCAGGUCUGGUUAAAUUGCUGCUUGGCGGUGUCCCUCAGCUCUUCUUAAGGGAAGCCUUUCUAGGAUACAUAAUCAAGGCAGCAUUGUAUCUUCAAAUAUGGGGGAACAGAUUUGAUACGUUUAUAUUGAAUCUUACAGGUUUUUAAACCAGUUGAUUGUUCUUAAUGACACUCUGUGCCUUGCUGUAUUCUGUUUUUAAAGUUGAAAGUCUUUUUGUAUUAUUACUUAAUGUUGCAAAUUUUACUAGUUAUCAUCCUCCUAUCUUUGACAUUGUUAGAACCAGCACUGUUUUCAAUGUCAAAAUACCAGUGAUUGGACUAUGGAUAAGAAUUGCUGUUCACAACUGAAUAUACUCUGCCACCAGAGCAGACGUGUGAUAAUGCUAUGCCCAAACAACCCAGGGUGGACAUGCUGCUGCCUCCUCAGUGCAGGUUCCCUAAACCUUUCUGUCCAGCUGUCCAGGUUCCCAACCGCCUUCUUCCUCAGUGCAAGCUCCCUUUUCCACCCUUCCCUCUGCCAGGGCCGGCUCCAGGUUUUUUGCUGCCACCAAAGGAAAAAAAAAAAACAAACGGAGUGCCGCCCCUUGAAAAGUGCCUCCCCAAGCACAUGUUUGGAACGCUGGUGCCUAGAGCCGGCCCUGCAAGGUUUCCCACAUUAGCACCACCCAAACCUUCAGCCUUCAUCUUCCUUCCACACCCAGUGCAAGUCAAUAGUUAUCCUCAUUACCUCUCAUCACACAUUAAGUACUGGUCCUUAUUGCUGGGAACCUCUGUCAAUGGUGGACUCAUUCCCAACUCCCUGGUCUAUACUGCUGGCAGCCGUUCACGUCUCAUAGACCUGAUCUGCUGGGUGCUUUGGAAUUGAUAGUACCCAGGAGCUGCACAGUAUAGCACAGGAUAAAAUCCUUAAUAGGGCAUCAGUUAUCCAUGACCCUAACAGAGAACUUACACUUUUUAUACUCACUUUGGGUAACUGCACCUUCUCUGACAGUGCAAGGACUGUCAUGAAUGCUGUGAAAACCAAAAGAACACGAGGUCUAUCUUACAAAAACAUAUGAGGUCAUUCAAAGGAAAGUGAUUGGUUUAGCUUAGUUUUUAUCCAGAUGUCUGGUUUUGAAUGAUUUUUGGUGACUACUUUCAGAGUAUGGUUAUUAUUGUGAAUAUCAGUGUUUUUUCUUAUUCCUAUCUCAGUUAACUGUACAUGUUCUGAAAGCAUCCCAGCCAGCCUGGGCACAGUUAAAAACAACUUUGCAACACUCAUCACUGAUACAAAUAGGUUUUUAAAGAUGCACAUUGCAAAGAUAAAUGAUGAUAAAUCCUAUUUUAAAAUAUAAUAAACUAAUUAUUUCUCUUACCAA